CUUUGAUCCUGUUUUCUGCUGUAGGAAUUAGUUAUAUGUGACUGCAAAUUACCGGGCAGUCGGACUACUGGGCUGUCGGACUAUCGGACCGUGGGACUAUUGGGCUGUCGGACUAUCGGACCGUGGGACUAUUGGGCUGUCGGACUAUCGGACCGUCGGAAUACUGGGCGGACACCUAAUUUUUUUAUGUAGGUCUAUUUCAAAGUAUCAGAUCAAAAUUGCUUAAAUAUUUUCAUUUUUGGAAUGAACACUUUUUGUUGGUUAAUUGUGUGACUUUGCCUUACUUAAAGACAUAUUCGUUGAGGUGAGCUCUGUAAUCUCUGAUUACCUAUGUUUUUUUCCCUGCAUGAGUGGCGACAGGUCGCCUGUUGUCAUGGUAUAGUAAACAAUAGAUAUUGAACACAUCGUCAAACCGGAUACAUUACAAAACAGGUCAAGCAAAUCUUGUCAUGGAUAACUCACGACCGUGUUCUAAAGAUGAAUUCCGAGUGAAAAAUUUUCUACUGGAAUACGAUCAUCCACGUGAUUUUGUCAAGUUUCAGACCAACAUUAGCUAUCUAAACACGUGCUCCACGCUGGUGGAUGCAGCCUGCGUCAUUUACGUUUACUUUUGCCGAGUGGACAUUAAAAAUGGCGGAUCAGUGACUGUCAUAGACAUAUUAACACACGGAGUUAACGCUGUUUACGUUAUCGUCAAUGUUAGCGUCACAGCCGUUCCUAUCCGGAUCUAUCAUCUCUUCCACGGUGUUUUAUUCGGAGUAAUGUAUGUCGUUUUUACUGUGAUAUACUAUGCCGCUGGAGGGACCAAUCACCAAGAUAAAGCUUACAUUUACUCAGUGUUAGACUGGGAUAAUCCGGGCAUUACUCUAGCGUACUGCUUAGCCGUUGGAAUAGUCGCCAUGCCCCUCUGCCAUCUUAUGGUUUACGGAAUAUACGCUUUAAGGCGAUGUCCAUGUAGAAGAAACGAAGAUACUUCAAAACCAGUCUAACCAAGUUUAAAAACUCAGGAGAAGUCCUGGUUCAGGGGAAUCUGAUAUAUACUAGAACUCAGUCAUAAAAAUCAAAGUACAAUGUAUUUCCUUUGUAAAUCAGUGUUGAAUAUGAUCACAUGCACAUUGUACGUCUUAAAAACAAGGUACAUGUAUUUCUCUUUCUUGAUAAUAAAUGUCCUUGUUAAUUAUUAUACAAAUAUUAGUGUUGUCACGAUGAUCGAUUUAUAAUCGAUGAUCGGUCGGAAAGGCUGUCGAUUUUAGACAAUCGAUUUGAGAUUUUAACAAUCGAUUAAUCGGUAUAUUUCAGCACAUAUCUUUUUUAUAGUUUUCUCACUUUUAUUUCAAGAACAGGCUCUUGUUAUCAAAAUAUAUAUCUUUCAAGAGUUGUCCUUUACUAUUUUAGAAUACAUGUACUUAAAGUCUGUUUAAAAUAAAUCAAAAGAUAAUGAUAUUUGUAUUUCUAAACUGAAGAAACUAAACUACUUGUUGAAGUAAAAUAUAUUAAUUUUCAGUAUUUGGGGGAAUUCACCUGUCAUUUCAUACGGAAUCACAAGGAAUUUGCAAUAUUAAAUGUCUUAUAACAGUUUAAAAUAUUAAUUCCAUAUACAUUUUAGAUGAUCAUGUAAAUUAAAACCUGAUCUGUCAAUGCUUACUUUUCCCAGGCCAAGUAAUUCCUAAUCAUGCAAAAAUCUGUAUUACUGAAAUCUUUAAUCAAACUGCAUAUAUACUGUUUUUAGAAUUUC